AUGGCACCACUUCCGGCAUCUCGUGUAACACCAUCUUUAGUGUUCGAAAAUACAGAUGUAGAUUAUGCUGGCCCGAUAUCAUUGGAAACAUUCCAAGAGAGAGGCGCAAAGAGCUUCAAGGGCUGGAUUGCAGUGUUUAUGUGUUCAACAACAUCAGCAAUUCAUCUAGAAGCUGUCUCAGACUACUCAGCAGAGGGAUUUCUCAAAACACUCAGGCGUUUUAUCAGUCGUCGUGAUCUCUGCAAGACCCUCCGAAUUGAUUGUGGCACGAAUUUCAAAGAUACGCUUCUCACUUUCGAGGACUUUGCGACAUGUCUAGCUCAUGUUGAAGCAGUACUAAACUCACAACCACUCAGUGCCCUCUCAGAUGAUCAAGAAGACAUCUCAGCUCUCACUCCAGGUUAUUUCAUUUUUGAUGAAGCAUUAACUACAAUACCUGAACCUUCAUUGACUGAGCUUACUAAACGAUCACCUUCAACUGAGGGCGUCAUAAUCAGGCCAGAUACUCCAGUUUAUUAUUUGGAAUAUCCACAUGAUGAUUAUUUAAAAGUUGUUCGUUAUGUUAACAAAUUUGAAGCAUCCCCUUCUUACACCUACUAUCGUAAUCCAGAAAACAAAUUCAGCGGUAUAUUUUUUCCGGCGGUAUUAGUAGUCAUUGAUUGGGAUAGUAAAGUUGAAACCAGAACAGAACAAGAUAUUUUAAAUGAAGUACUGACGGAAUGGAAUAAAGUAGAUAAAUAUUUUGAAAAACUUGAUAAUCCCAAAAUAAAAUUGACUAUCGCUGGAGUCGUCAUACCGAAAAAAUCAAAUAUAUGGGGACCAACGACACGCGUUCAGUACACCGAAGAGUUUCCGGACCAACAAAAAAUCAUUAUUCAUUCUACGAAAGCUUAUUUCGCUGCUUCUUUGCUUAAUAAUAUGACGGGGUGGUUUAAUAAUAAUAUUGAUCGGUUUGAAAACUUCCAUUAUAUUUUUUUUAUAUAUAUGUCAAACUGGCAUUUUCUUCUUCCACCGGGAACGAUAGGAACCAGUUACAUGACGAGUACUUUCACUUGUGAAACUAUAAAUGGUCCUAAUUAUCAUUCAUCAGGAGGAAUCGUGACGAAAAAUUCGGCUUUUAGUAUUACUGCUGCCAAAUCUAUCUCUAUCAUGUUGGGAAUAUAUGAAAAGAUUGGUGCGGAAUGUGUUUAUGAUAUGCUCGCCGAUGAGAGGGAUGGUGAUGAUUUCACUUGGUCCGAAUGUUCUAAAAGAGCCGUUAGAUCGAUGGUCAACAACAGCAAUCACACUUGUUUACAGCGAAUAAUUUAUGAUCAAGAAGAAGACGAUUACGAUAAUUAAUUAGAACUUUCAAUUAAAAUUUUGUACUUCAAGCAAAAUUGUAUAAAU